UUGUUGUGCAAAUACUAUCGUGGAAAUAAAAAUGGCAGCUCCCAUGUCGGCAGCAUUUCCAGUGGUAACAAAACAGGUUGCUAAGGAGGUGAAUAACAACCAUACCGAUGUUCUAUGCAGUAAAUUUGAUGACAGAUUACUGCUGGUUGUCUCUCAGCUCCAGAAGUUUGGUACUAUGGUACAGAUAAGUCGGAGCAUUGUCCUCGACGAGAUGCAGCAGUCAUCAUCAGUAUAUUCCACAAAAGUCCUUCUAGGGUCAGACGAGCCUCUUACCCAUGUCCUAGCUAAAAAUCUGAUAGCUGAGGUGACAACAACCAAACCCAUUAUCCUAACAAUGUCUCUGAAAGAUACUACCCCAAAGACAGUGAAAGCUCUUGCCUCAUUGGUCAAGGAAGUAGUCAGCUGACACAAACAGCCAAUCAGUGAUGAGAUACCAUGUAAGGAUGUCCAGCCCAGUCACAAGGAGUGUGAUGGGUAGAUGACUUUGAGAAGUCAAUCAUGAACACAGGGCACAUACCACUCCAUCAAGGGAUGAUUAAUUUGACAGUUAUUAAUUGUGUUUGUCAGUGUAAAUCCAAGACUUAUAGCACUGUAGAUGAAGUCACAUUCUAGGACACUGACUCAAAGGGACAUAGCAUGACAUAUCCACCCAUCAGGAUUUAGCUGACCUUGUCUCAGCCAUGGUGCAGAAAGUUCAAGUUAAAAGGACCACAAGAUACAUAUACCAAAGAAACAAGUCUCACCGUCCCUACAAGCAUUUUUCAGGGCUCAAUUUAGUGCUUUGUUACUUGCACUGGUGCAAUCCAAUAUUACAAAACGCAACCUAGUUAUUAGUCUAACUUGCACCAGGUGCAAGUCAAUUUUUGAGACUUCAGCUGGAAAACAGAAUGAUGAGGAACUGACUUGGAAGAGUGACUCUGAUGACUGUAUGAGCAGUGACUGAAGGACUUACUGUUCAUGAAAUUUUAGGAAGUGAGAUAACUAAUCUUAUCAGUCCCAGAUUUCUUUUGUCCAGAAAAGUUCAGAGGUUGAAUAAAUGAUAAGAAAGAAAUUUUCUGGAAAUGGAUUGUUAUUGCAACUUCAGCCAUCAACACUACUAGGGCAGGCCUUUGGGAUGAGUAAUAGUUAACAAAAUAUCAAUCGAUCACAUCAGAGAAUAUGGGGAACUACAAUCAGCUAGGUCAUGUUCAGGAUGGAGCCAUUGGAAGUUUAUUAAAUUACUCAAUCAUUUAGCAAUAUUUUACACAUAUGGAUCUGUUAAUCAUGUCAAUCAUUCAAAAUCAAAGAUUCAUAUAUCAAUAAGCAUAAAUGUAUUUAUGAAUUUGGUGUAGUGCCUGAAAAAAAGUGAUGGUUAUUGUAAUAAUUGUAAUGAUGCACACAGAUAGAAGUGAAUGUUGGUUUUAUUAACUGGAAAGCAAUUUAUCAUCAACUGAGCCAAGCCCCAGCUCUGUUUAUCUGCCUAAAGUGGGACGGUAACCAGUUCAGACAAUAUGUUAUUUUUCAUGCAGGAGCAGGGGCAGUGGGCUAGUCUGGUGGUUUAAGCGUUUGCUCAUAAUGCCAAGUUCGAUUCUCCACAUGGGUACACUGUGUGAAGCCCAUUUCUGGUGUCCCCCGCUGGAUUAUUACUAAAAGCGGUAUAAAACUAAACUCCUUCACUCACUGACUGACUUUUUAAAAGAUGAUAGGGUAGAAUGCAAUCCUAUCUUCCUCCCAGAGGUCGAAAUGUAUGUGUUUCUUUUAUUUUUUUAUUUUGUUUUAAGAAAAUAAAUGAAUUAACAGAAUGACA